UGCUGACGAGGUGUGGGAUGGUGCCGCGGCAGCAACCAUGUGGCUUGUCCUCAUACAUUCACAUACUCAACACAAACAGAAGCAUGUCACAGCUGCAACGGGAUUGGAUGGGUUAUGGAUAAGUUUAUCAGCCCGUUGCCCAAGAGGCAACCAUGUUCCUGUCGCUGCUCGCUCUCGCAGCCUAUCGAGACACGCAGUCCAUGGCAUCUCAAUUGCUUUGCCACUCCCGUCCUUCCCCGCGUUGCAACGGUAAAGAGCGGUCGAGGCUCGGACCCGACGUUGGGCUGGCGUUGCCCGCCGUACCCCUGGCUGCCAGGGACGGGAACUUGGGGCCAUGGACGCCUGGCCAGGCAAAUCAGACCACCUCACAAGGCUUGCGGGUUUCGGAUCGAGCAAGCCCCAGCGCUAGUGCGGCGCCCCGGCCGAUUAAGCUCAUUGAACCCACGUCCCUGGGCCCCGGGAAGUCAGUCUCCCUUCCCUUUCGGUGUCCAGGCUGGGCCCAGACCAUUGUCCGCGUCUCUUCUCAGCACCACAGUCAUAAGGUAUCUACAUCGCUACCGUAGGUACCGAUAAUAUUCGGGACUUGACAACUAGACCACCUUUUAAACCAACACAAGCACAUGACCCC